CCCAGAUCCCGUGGCCAUAGCCAUUUUGUAGUCGGGGGACUACAACUUCCAGAAGAUCAAGGGGACCAUUCUAAGGUGCCCCGGGAAUAGGCGGCUCUCCCCGAGGCCGGGUGUCCUGGGGCACUGGCACCCAGCAGCCCGGCUGCAGGCGAAUCAGGCUUUGGGGGAAGAGGAAGAAAAGUCGGAUUACAAGAUCAACCACCACCAACAACAAUAAAAACCACCGGGAUAUUUUUUUGCAAAUUUCUGACGGCUUUAAAUUCAUGAAGCAAUUGUCCCCUUUUGCAAUCAGCAUUUGGAUCUCAGAAUGAGCAAGGAAAGACCCAAGAGGAAUAUCAUUCAGAAGAAAUACGACGACAGUGAUGGGAUCCCGUGGUCAGAGGAAAGGGUGGUACGUAAGGUCCUUUAUUUGUCUCUGAAGGAGUUCAAGAACGCCCAGAAGAGGCAGCACGGUGAAGGCAUUGCUGGGAGCCUGAAGGCGGUCAAUGGGCUCCUUGGUAAUGGCCAGUCUAAGGGAUUAGGACCAGCAUCAGAACAGUCAGAGAAUGAGAAGGACGAUGCAUCCCAAGUGUCCUCGACUAGCAACGAUGUUAGUUCUUCAGAUUUUGAAGAAGGGCCGUCGAGGAAAAGGCCCAGGCUGCAAGCACAAAGGAAGUUUGCUCAAUCCCAGCCGAACAGUCCCAGCACAACUCCAGUAAAGAUAGUGGAGCCAUUGCUACCCCCUCCAGCUACUCAAAUUUCUGACCUCUCUAAAAGGAAGCCUAAGACAGAAGAUUUUCUUACCUUUCUCUGCCUUCGAGGUUCUCCUGCGCUGCCCAACAGCAUGGUAUAUUUCGGAAGCUCUCAGGACGAGGAGGACGUCGAGGAGGAAGAUGAUGAGACAGAAGAUGUCAAAACAGCCACCAACAACGCUUCAUCUUCAUGCCAGUCAACCCCCAGGAAAGGAAAAACCCACAAGCAUGUUCACAACGGACAUGUUUUCAAUGGUUCCAGCAGGUCAUCACGGGAGAAGGAACCUGUUCAGAAACACAAAAGCAAAGAGGCCACUCCCGCGAAGGAGAAGCACAGCGAGCCCCGGGCCGACAGCCGAAGGGAGCAGGCUUCUGCCAGCCUACCCCCCGCGACCCCCUCCGCGGGGGGCUCCUCGGCCAAGGGGCUCGCCGCCACCCACCACCACCCGCCUCUGCAUCGGUCGGCUCAGGACUUAAGGAAACAGGUUUCUAAGGUCAAUGGAGUCACUCGAAUGUCAUCUCUGGGUACAAGUGCAACCAGUGCCAAAAAGAUGCGCGAAGUCAGACCUUCACCGUCCAAAACUGUGAAGUACACUGCAACGGUGACGAAGGGGACUGUCACAUACACCAAAGCCAAGAGAGAACUGGUUAAGGAAACCAAACCCAAUCACCACAAGCCCAGUUCAGCUGUCAACCACACAAUCUCAGGGAAAACUGAAAGUAGCAAUGCAAAAACCCGCAAACAGGUGCUAUCCCUCGGGGGGGCGUCCAAGUCCACCGGGCCCGCCGUCAAUGGCCUCAAGGUCAGUGGCAGGUUGAACCCAAAGUCAUGCACUAAGGAGGUGGGGGGGCGGCAGCUGAGGGAGGGGCUGCGGAACUCCAAGCGGAGGCUGGAAGAGGCGCCCCCUGCCGACAAGCCGCAGUCGCCCCCCAAGAAGCUGAAGGGGGCGGCCGAGGGCCCCGGCAGGAAGGCGGCCCCUCCUGCCCCGGCCCCGGCGCCCGCGCCCACGCCCGCCCCCGCGGAGAGGGAGAGGGAGAGGGCGCCGCUCAGCGGCCACGUGAAGAGGGAGGUGCCCGAGCGGAGCCUGGAGAGGAACCGGCCGAAGCGGGCGGCGGCCGGCAAGGGCCCGCCGGGCAGACAAGCACACGGCAAGCCGGACGGCGUCCCCUGUGAAAAUCGUUCUACCUCGCAAUCGGAGCCCUUGCCCCGGCCGCACGAGGCGGCGGCCAAGGCCGAGAAGGGGGCCGGCAGGGCCGGGUGGACGGCCAUGGACGAGAUCCCCGUCCUGCGGCCGUCGGCCAAGGAGUUCCACGACCCGCUCGUCUACAUCGAGUCGGUGCGCCCUCAGGUGGAGAAGUACGGCAUGUGCAGGGUGAUCCCGCCCCCGGACUGGCGGCCCGAGUGCAAGCUCAACGACGAGAUGCGCUUCGUCACGCAGAUCCAGCACAUCCACAAGCUGGGCCGGCGCUGGGGCCCCAACGUGCAGCGGCUGGCCUGCAUCAAGAAGCACCUCAGAUCUCAGGGCAUCACCAUGGACGAGCUCCCGCUCAUCGGAGGCUGUGAGCUCGACCUGGCCUGCUUUUUCCGGCUGAUCAACGAGAUGGGCGGCAUGCAGCAAGUGACUGACCUCAAAAAGUGGAACAAGCUAGCAGACAUGCUGCGCAUCCCCAAAACUGCCCAGGACCGGCUGGCCAAGCUCCAGGAGGCCUACUGCCAGUACCUGCUCUCCUACGACUCCCUGUCCCCCGAGGAGCACCGGCGCCUGGAGAAGGAGGUGCUGAUGGAGAAGGAGAGCCUGGAGAGGCGCAAGGGGCCCCUGGAGGGCCACACGGAGCAGGACUACAACCGCUUCCACCCCCUGCCCCGCUUUGAGCCCAAGAACGGGCUCAUCAAUGGCGUGGCCCACAGGAACGGCUUCCGCAGCAAGCUCAAGGAGGUGGGCCCGGCCCAGCUCAAGACAGGCCGGCGGCGGCUCUUUGCUCAGGAAAAGGAGGUGGUGAAGGAGGAGGAGGAGGACAAAGGUGUCCUCAGUGACUUCCACAAGUGUAUAUAUAAGGGAAGGUCUGUUUCUUUAACGACUUUUUACCGAACAGCAAGAAAUAUCAUGAACAUGUGCUUCAGCAAGGAGCCCGCGCCCGCUGAGAUUGAGCAAGAGUACUGGAGGUUAGUGGAGGAGAAGGACUGCCACGUGGCUGUGCACUGCGGCAAGGUGGACACCAACACGCACGGCAGCGGAUUCCCGGUGGGAAAGUCAGAACCCUUCUCAAGACACGGAUGGAACCUCACCGUCCUCCCCAAUAACACGGGCUCCAUCCUGCGUCACCUCGGUGCUGUGCCUGGAGUGACAAUUCCCUGGCUAAAUAUUGGCAUGGUCUUUUCUACCUCAUGCUGGUCUCGAGACCAAAACCACCUUCCCUACAUCGACUACUUACACACUGGUGCUGACUGCAUUUGGUAUUGCAUUCCUGCUGAGGAGGAGAACAAGCUGGAGGACGUGGUGCACACCCUGCUGCAAGCCAACGGCACCCCAGGUCUGCAGAUGCUCGAGAGCAACGUCAUGAUCUCCCCGGAGGUGCUGUGCAGAGAGGGGAUCAAGGUGCACAGGACCGUGCAGCAGAGUGGCCAGUUCGUCGUCUGCUUCCCGGGGUCCUUUGUGUCCAAAGUGUGCUGCGGCUACAGCGUCUCUGAGACCGUGCACUUUGCCACCACCCAGUGGACAAGUAUGGGCUUCGAGACGGCAAAGGAAAUGAAGCGUCGGCACAUAGCUAAGCCAUUCUCCAUGGAGAAGUUACUCUACCAGAUCGCACAGGCGGAGGCGAAAAAGGAAAACGGUCCCACUCUCAGUACCAUCUCAGCCCUUCUGGACGAGCUCAGGGAUACGGAGCUGCGGCAGCGCCGGCAGCUGUUCGAGGCCGGCCUCCACUCCUCCGCUCGCUACGGCAGCCACGACGGCAGCAGCGCCGUGCCGGACGGCAAGAAGAAGCCUCGGAAGUGGCUGCAGCUGGAGACCUCAGAGAGGAGGUGUCAGGUCUGCCAGCACCUGUGCUACCUGUCCAUGGUCGUGCAGGAGAAUGAGAACGUGGUCUUCUGCCUGGAGUGCGCCCUGCGCCACGUAGAGAAGCAGAAGUCCUGCCGCGGCCUGAAGCUGAUGUACCGCUACGACGAGGAACAAAUUAUCAGCCUGGUCAAUCAGAUCUGUGGCAAGGUAUCUGGUAAAAACGGCAGCAUUGAGAACUGUCUCGGAAAACCCACACCAAAAAGAGGGCCCCGCAAGAGAGCGACGGUGGACGUGCCGCCCUCCCGGCUCGCAUCCUCCUCGUGAAGACGCCAACACCGCGGUCGAGUGAUAGAUAUUUUUUUGUAAUUAUUAUAUUCUAGUUUGGAGUACUUGCUGUAGGAUACAAGCUGUCUUUGCACUAGCUCUAAAGAAGAUUUUCUUCUGGUUUUAGAGAACUAAUUUUGUUUUAGCAUUAAACUGUUGAACUUUUUUUUGUACUUAGAAUACCUAGAUACUGCAGUCAGAUUUUUGAAACUGCCGUAUAUUCACUGUUUUAAAACCCUUGAGGGGCUGUAUUAAUUUGUAUUGCCCCUUGUGGCUGAAAAAAAAAGCCUUUUUGUUUGAUUUUGUUGGUUUUUUUUUUUGUUUUUUGGGUUUUUUUUUUUUUUUUGUAAUUGUUGGGGAAAAAAAGGUUUUUUAACCCAUUUUUGAAGAGGGUGAAGUUUGGAGAACAAAUUUUAAAAUCAUCAGUCAUGUGAACAGAUUUUUUCUAGAGAGGAAAAGGGAUAGGAGACACACACAUACAAAAAAAAACUUGAAAAGAAAUGGCUUUACUCUGGCUGUCUUUUCUUCUGUCCUGUGCAAGCUGAGUUUGUCGUUGUUGAAACCGGAGAAUCCCCAUUUUGUUUCUUUGGGCGGUUAUGGCAGCUGAAGGCGGACGUUUCCUAACCGUAGGCAAAAUGAGGAGGUGGGAGUGACUAGGUUCUCUUUACCAGCACAUCACUAUGCAUCUGUUUGAGGAAAUGAAGAAGAGAGAGAAGAAAAAGACUUGCCUGCCUUGGAGGGGUCACGUGAGGGAAACCUGUGCCUGAUUUCAUUAGGAAAUCCAUUCUGUUAUUUUUUGGUGCUGUUGGCUACUUUAUCAAAAAACCCUUCAAUAGCAUCCUUGAGGAAAAAAAAAAAAAAAAAGGAAAAAAAAAGCGAUUGAAGCCCGAAGUGCUUCUCGGUCAUGGAGGUGCAAUCUUUCUAACAUUCCGUCUUCAUCUCACUGCUUGUUCACGCCGUCACACGUCAGCAUUAAUCUUUUCUUUUAAAACUCGUUUUGCUGGUGAUCACAUCCAGAGCCACUAGGAGGUCUGCGGUUCUUUUUGAAUGUGAAAAUGCGUCCUGCACUCAUCCGGUCUAUUUUUUCUCUUCAUGUUGUAACAAAAAAAAAAAAAAAGGAAAAAAAAAAGAAUCCCGUCCCUUUUGUA